GGUAUAUGCCAUGAGGUUAUUUCCGGUUUAUACGGGCGAACACCACGAAGGACUUCGAGAACCAUUCUAUAUUGGCGGCGAGAAAUGGCGGCAGAUAAAGGGCCUUUCGACGUGGUUGUGGUAGGCUCCUGCAUGACAGAUCUCGUUAGCUAUGUUCCACGGCUUCCAAAAGCGGGCGAAACCAUCACUGGCACGAAGUUUUGUAUGGGUUUCGGAGGAAAAGGGGCAAACCAGUGUGUUAUGGCUUCCCGGCUAGGAGCAAAAACCGCAAUGAUAGCUAAAGUUGGAGACGAUACGUUUGGUCGUAAUCAUAUUCAAAACUUUAAGCAUAACAAAGUUAAUGUUGACAAUGUCUCUACAACAACUCAAGCAUUUACUGGAGUAGCACCUAUAUCUGUAAAUAGUUCAGGUGAAAAUUCCAUCACAAUAGUAAGUGGCGCUAAUGAGUACUUAGAAGAUGCUGAUAUCAAAAGAGCAAGGUCAGCCAUUGUCUCUUCUGCGGUUGUUGUUUGUCAGCUGGAAAUCCAACCUCAGAUUACUCAACUGGCUCUGGCCUUGGCGAAAAAUGCAAAUGUGACCACUGUAUUUAACCCUGCACCAGCCUCCCCCUGGCUUGAUAUUCAAUUUUAUAGGCUCAGUGACAUCUUUUGUGCAAAUGAAAGUGAAGCUGAGCUCCUAACAGGCAUCCCAGUAAAGUCCAUUGACGAUGCAGAGAAGGUGGUGGUGAUGUUGCUGGAACGUGGUGCUGGCAAAGUUGUGAUAACAUUGGGUGCAAAGGGCUCCGUCAUUGGAACCCAAGAAAACCCAAUACCACAGCACAUUCCUGUCACCCCAGUAGAGGCUACUGAUACCACAGGAGCUGGUGAUGCAUUUAUUGGAGCUUUAGCUUUUUACCUGGCCAAAUUCAAGAAUCUAUCCUUCCAAGAAAUGGUUCGUAGAUCAAAUGAAGUGGCCAGGACAACAGUAUUUAAACGUGGAACACAAACAAGCUUCCCAACCCGAGACAGCCUACCACCCUCUUUCUUCUCAAAUACUAAUUCUUCAGACAACAAAUCAAUACGAUGAAUCAAUGUAGGUUUUCAAAUGUGCAUUUAGAAUGAAGUGAAAACUGAAUUCCAGAAUCAUAAAGUUACAGCUGCUUUACCACUAUUUUGUCCUCUAACUUUCCUUGAUUUGAGUAUAUUCAAAGGCCAGCAUUUUAGGUCUUGAUUUAAUUCUAUUUUAAAAAACAAUUUAUGUAAAUGGAAAAGGGACAACUAAUUAAUUAACAACUAUUAUUUCAUCUUAGAAAAUCUAAACAUUUCCAAAUCACUUCAGCCAAAAUGUUUCUAAAUGCAACUGGCAUCAACCAAUGCCGUUCACAGAAUUAUUAAGGCCAAAACGUUUUCUCUUUGGCAUUGUUACGUUAAUUGGCAACUUGUAUACAAAUAUGAGUGAAUAUUACAUCUUUAGAUAUUUGUGUUAUAAAGUAUAGUAAUGUACAUAUCAAGUACAAAGAAUAUGGCCCUAUUAUGAGGAAGAUAUCAAAUGGGGCAAGUUAGCUUGCCGAGAUGUUGGGAUGGUAUACCUGUGGCGAUGAAUGCAUAAUGCAAGAUUUUUACCACUGUUUCCAUUGCUAUGUGCUGAAUGAGAAAUGGGUUAAUGCACAAUAGAUGGUCGUACAAUGAUGAAAUUUGUUUUGAUUGAUUGUCAUUUAAAUUGCAAACCAGAAAUCGAUUGGAUAAUCCAAGUCAAAACAAAGUGAAAAAACCUAUUGUUAAAAAUUAAUGGCUGGAACAUUAUCAUCCCAAUAUUGCAAUUUUUAUGAACUUUAAGUUCAGCUGUAGAGUAAUCUCAAUUGAAUGUACAUGUUAUCAUCAAAAUAUGUAAAGGUACAUGGAACUGUUAGAAAGUAUAAGGGAAUGAUUUAUGAGAUUGAUGGUUGUCUAUUGCCAAUCAACCUGUUGUGACUUUUGUCUCUCAGCACAUACCAAUGAUUGAAAACAUAGGCAAUUUUGGAGGCUCAAUUUGCAGUUUUUCUUAUGGGCUUACAAAAUUCAACUCUUGCAAAAGGCUAAUAAUAGAGGUUAGAGAAUAGAACCAGUGCAAUGUUUUUGUUUUUCAGAUCACAUAUUAUUUCCUUGAGUAUUUUGUUGAUAUGUCUUUGUUACCAAGAAACCUUGAGUAGACAUGAUAUGGAUGAAAUUCAAGCAAAGAAUCCUAUUCUCAAGGGAAUGACAUGGUCUGAAAUGGAAAACAUGCUGCAAAAUGAAUUGAGUCUAAUAUAAUCAUAAUUAUUGGGGCCAUUUUUGUCAGCUCUUUAUUGGAGCUUCGCAUAGGAGUCAAGUUGAGGAUAGAAUCAAAAAUGAAAGAGCAAAAAUGUAACCCCCAAAAUGAAUACAAGUCAAUAGUUAAAUAAAAUAUAUAUAUAAUUAUGUAAUAAAAGUGUGCAGGGUAAAGUUAGGGAAACUUCAUAUUUAGGUUUUAGUGUGCAAAAAAAAAAAAAAGAUCUAAAUCCAAGGAAUGUGCUUGGCUGUGCCUUGCCUUUCCUGUCUCAAACACACAAAACCCAACUAAAAAGCAACUAAAAUAAAAAAUCUAUCUUAAACAAAUUAGGGAAAUUGUAUCAGCUUAAAGCUAUUGUUAUUAUUGGUGAUAAAUAUGUGUUCUACAACACUCAAAGGUAGUUACUCUUUGACAUACAGUAGGUAGUUUUAAUCAAUCAUACAAGCAAAGCUACUUCAGGACUUAGUAAUACUGAAAUGUGCUGCACAAAAUAUAAAAGGUCACAGGUGUUUUGCAAAAAAGGCAACGGACCAACAUUAAUUGGACGGUUUUGCAAAAACCUUUAACAUGGCCCUUUUCGUUUUCUGUAGCCAAAUUUCUCUCACAAAACGGGGGUUGUAAUGGCUGUGCCUUUCUUCUCCCAAAAAAAAAGAGAAAAAAUUCCAGUAGUUUAGUGCUUGUAUCUGUGGGUGUUAAAYGUCAUUAUAUUGUGGCGUAUUGCCGACCACGUGGUGAAUAGUGUUCUGUGUACAGUUAUAUAACAAAAAUGAGAAAUUUUAUUCCCAAAUUGAUGAUCUAGGUGAGUAAGUCAGGAUAGCAAGCAUAGAAGAGAAUUGAGAACUAUGUUUAGUUGAUUACAAAAUAAAAAGAAAUCGUCAAAA